GGACAUAACAAGAAAAUUCAACUUAAGUCAGAAACUGAUUUGUGAAUGCAUUACAGGAACAUGCCAUUAAUAUUAUUCUAAUGUUUUAGGGUACCCUUAGAUGAUCUCAGAAAGGGAGAAAAGAUGACCGUGAUGCCCCACCAGUACUCUUCUUGGAUCUUCGUCAAUGAGAGGACAUUCCUUACCGGGGAACAACUUAAUUCUUUAUUGAAGAACUAUAACAUUUUUUAUGCGAACCAGGAAAAUCUGCAUAUUUCAUGUGGACAGACUGAAGAUGGUAAACUAAUUGUUGAAGGAAUGCUGGACAUUUUCUGGGGAGUAAAACAGCCUAUACAGCUGAAAAUUCAAGAUGAGAAGCACAUGCCUUCUUUUACUGGGAAGUCACCAGAUGUCUUUUCCAAAAUGGGAAUGACACGCUGGGGAGAAUUUGAUGAUCUUUAUCAUAUUAGUGAACUGGACAGGACCCAGAUUCCAGUAUCUGAAGUGAUGAAUUCCCAGGAAGACGAUCUGUCUUAUCACAGCCGCACUCUGAGGCCUCAUGCCGAUGACCAGGCAGAAUCUCCAUUUCUCUACAGAACCGUGAGCGACGCGACCCUGGUGAGACAAAGGACCAAGCCUCCCGUGGGGGGCAGAAGAGACAGGCAGAGACAUAGAGCCUCUAUUGCCGGGCACUUUUACAGCCAUGAAACAUCAAUUUUCACUCCAGCCUUUGGAUCAGAAACUAAGGUCAGAAUAAAUAGUAACAUGAACACUGAAGAAGUAAUAAAGCAACUUUUUAAAAAAUUUAAGGUUGAAAACAGUGCCCAGGAUUUUUCACUUUACAUUAUUUUUGCAACGGGAGAAAGGAGGCGGCUAAAGAAGACAGACAUCCCCCUCCUGCACAGGCUCCUGCAGGGACCCUCCAAAAAGAAUGCUCGCAUUUUCCUCAUGGAUAAAGGCACAGAGGAAAUCAGCAGUGAUGUGGCUCAGUACAUUAACUUUCAUUUUUCUCUCCUGGAAUCCAUCCUUCAAAGAUUAAAUGAAGAAGAGAAAAGAGAGAUUCAAAGAACAAUAACAAAAUUCAGUGCAGAAAAGGCUAUUAUACUGAAAUGUCUUCAAAGGAAACAGGUAGUAAAAACAGAGACGACAGUUUAGUGGCCGCUGUUGCCGAAACACUUCAACAAGACCAGAGAGCUAUUCCUGCUUGAUGAGCGCAUCCAUCCUGCACUUGCAUUCAUGCUCAUACAUAUGGGCUCGAGUCUGUAGAAAAGGGAAUAUUGAAAAAGACUCUCUCUCUCUGAGGUGCUAAGGUUCACCAGGGUUCACAGUCGGACUGAAAUGAGCUUGAAUUUAGUUUCAGUAAUUGAAAUAAGCUUGGAUACUGUGUAUUCCAAAUAUAGUUUUUAUAGUGAGACACUCGACAAACUGGAAUUUAAAUGGCAUCUUCAGUGUCAUGCAGUUCAAACGUCUAUUAGCUUGAACUGUCAAGAGAACUGGAAUAUCAGCAACCAAACUCUCAGAAAUGAUUCAGAAGUAAAAGCUGCCAGCCUGUGAAAUAAAACAGAAGCAUAUUCUUACCCCCACCAAGAAACCUGAUGGCGACAGGUGUCUAUAACUCCUUGAAAACUCUAGUAUUUUCAUAAGAUCUACGGUCUUUGUGUGGGUAGGUGGCUCUUGGCUACCUGUAACAUCAGAGCUGUCAGUCCUUUGGGAAGGAAAGGACUGUGGACUCUGCUGAGAAAUACAAAUGGCAAUUUUCUCAACCUGA